UUGGACGCGGCGCUCGACGGGAUAGGCUCCGAGAUAGCACCUUACGGCACAGUGAAGGUCUUGCCGUAUCUCGAAGCUGUAGUCAACGAAGGUCUCCGCCUGCACUCGGGUGUCGGCGCUGGUCUGCCACGCGUCGUGCCUGCUGGUGGUAUGACGAUCCUCGGACACCACCUGAUGGAAGGGACGGUGGUGAGCUCGCCGAUAUACACUCUGCACAGGAGCAAAGCGGUUUGGGGUGCGAACGCAGACGAGUUCUACCCCGAGAGAUGGAUCGACGCCUCGGCGGACACGAAGAAAGAGAUGAUGAGCUCUUUCGCACCUUUCUCAAUUGGCCUGAGGGCAUGUAUUGGGCGCAACCUUGCCAUGCAGCAAUUGCAGAUCGUGACGGCGACAAUAUUUCGCAGGUAUAGCAUCGUCCUGCAAGAUGACGCUCCUCUCGAGAUACAAGACAGUUUUGGACGUAAGCCGAAGAAAUGCAUAAUAGGCGUGAAGCGGCGUGACUUGAAGGUUUUAUGA